GUAGCUGGCCGUAGUAGUUUAUCAGCCUGAAUCCUCGCAGUCUGUGUGGUCAGGAAGCCAGAUGAGCGCGCAGAGAAGUGCUUGCUCACCGCGACCAGUCCAAUCCAAAAGCCGCUGAGAGGACGAGGAAGUUCGGUAUGCAGAAGCAAUGCUGACUGACCUGCACGCAGCCAUGGUACCGAAGCGCGAGCCGGCGAAGUUGGAGGAGCGCGAGCGCACGCAGACGGCGUGUGAGUGCCAAAGCCAAUGCAACAACUGCAAAAUCUUUUUGAGUUUAUUCAUCCUCUCGCUCUCUCUGCACCUCGUCACACUCCUCUGCUACCUGGACCUGCGCUCGGAGCUCAAACGAGAAAUAUCGCAGAAAAACAAAGAUGAGGUGUCAUCAGCGGGGCCAGUCCCGCACUAUGAAGCCACAGCGCCAGUGCUCCGGUUACCGGACACCGACCACCCAACAACAGACGACCAGAGCAGAUGGAGGGAUGAACACAGAAGAGGGUUGGAGAGAGUCAUUCAUCGUACCAAACGUUCAGAAACUAAUGGAAAAAAGAAAGGAGAGAAGAAAAAAGGCAAGAAAGGACCCCCUGGCGCUCCUGGACCUCCAGGCCCACCUGGUCCACAAGGUCCACCUGGAAUACCAGGGAUCCCGGGUAUCCCAGGCAGUAACGCGAUGGGUCCCUCUGGCCCACCCGGACCUCCAGGACCCGCAGGCCCACCGGGACCACAGGGACCUUCAGGUAGCGCAGAUAAAGCCAAACACAGAGAGACACAGCCAGCUGUGGUGCAUCUUCAAGGUCAGGAAACUACUAUCCAGGUGAAAGAAGAUUUGUCAGAAGGUGUGUUGAAAAAUUGGAGAAUGAUCUCAAUCCAUCAGAGAGUGUUUAAAAUGCACUCCCGCUCUGGAGAGCUGGAAGUCCUACUUGACGGAACAUACUUUAUAUAUAGUCAGGUAGAAGUUUAUUACCUGAACUUCACGGACAUUGCGAGUUAUGAAGUGAUGGUUGACAAGACUCCAUUCUUGCGCUGCACGCGAAGCAUCGAGACCGGCCAGCGCAAGUUUAACACCUGCUACACCGCGGGUGUGUGUUUGUUGCGGGCCCGCCAGAGGAUCUCCAUCCGCAUGGUGUACGAGGACACGUCCAUCUCCAUGAGCAACCACACCACCUUCCUCGGCAGCAUCCGUCUAGGGGACGCCCCGGCUGCUGGACACACCUGAGUCUAUCGGCGUACAGGUGGACCCGAUCAGACACACAGAUCACGCUGAUGAGGUCACAGACCACGCCCACUGAACUCAACUGAGCCAGUAUGCCUCAUUAGCCACGCCCCAAGGACACAAAGCCAACAAUUUAUGAUCAACGGGCUUAUCUACAUAUCUGCCAAGCGUCAGGCAAAUGUGACAAUGUAGCAUCACCGACACUGACAAUAAGGUCCAAUUCUCUCUGAGCACUGAAACAGCCUCCAUCAUUCCUCAGACGUUAGCAACACUACAUUUACCACAAGUUAUCAAACAAAUUAAAUCAACAGGGUGGCUUCCUAGAUGCAUUGUGUCUCAGCCAUUCUAGCAGCUUCCACUGUUCUGGUUUGUGCGACAGGAUGAGCUCAACGCCCUUACAGCUGCUGUGUGUAUGUGGUAUCCAGCGAGGACGUGCACCUGCAUUGAUUGCAGUGACUGAAACUGCAAAAGGAGUGAGAUACUCUAUUCAUUCAAUGCACCGUUAGCUACCUGCUCAAUCCAUAACAGACACACACUUCAGUAGAUUCAACACCACAUAAAUAGUCAACCCGUGUACUAUUUUAUUAAGCACUGAUAAUGGCAAUGUAUAAAACAGAAUAUCUAUGUUCAGUUAUCUCUGAUCUUUUACAAAUGCAGUCAAGAAGCCCAUUUUUAUUAUGAAGUCAUGAAAUUCGGAACAUGUACAGUUUUAUGGUCCUUUG